AUGGCUUACUCUGAAUUUCUCCGGGGAUUAAGGCACAAUGGUUUUAAAUUUGACUUGGUAAGGAAAAAUAUUCGGACAUACGUAGGUGUUCUGCGGGAAGCCGAAGCUUACAUUGAGGCGACGGACUUUUGUUCGCUCACAAAAACAGAAGCGCCGACCAAGGGGGCUGAUAAAAAAUCUCCUCAACAAGACUCGACCGGCCAAAAGAAAGAAGGAAAAAAGAGAAAGGAAGUCUGGGUGGCUGACGCCCAGUCACAGAAGUCCAAGAAGGUCAAGGCGUACGAGCCUCAGUUUGAAUUCAACAAGGAUUGCUAUUCUAUCCUGAUGGAAAUCAAGGAUAAGUUUGAAUUUGAGAAGCCACAGCCGCUGAGAGGCCCGACUCAGUAUAGGAACAAGAACAAGUAUUGUCAUUACCACAAGGAUGUGGGACAUGACACGAACGAUUGCAUUAACUUGAAGAGACUGCUGGACAAGCUGGCCGAGAAGGGCAUGCUGAAUUCGUAUGUGAUGAAGUCAAAAUUCACUCACACACGGACAAACAACACGUCCGAUCAAAGACAGAAGAAUGAUAAGAACAAAAACAAGAAAGAUGACGGCAACAACACUGACUCAGCUUUUGUUGCUGUGAUAUCAGGAGGAUUUGCUUCAGGUGGUCCCACUAUGAGGGGGGUCAAGCAGGACGCCCGCAACUUGGGUAAAGUAAUGCAAAUGGAUUCAGUGAAGGCCAAACCUUUCCCCGAAGUAGUCAUCAGUGAAGCCGAUCGGGGGGAGGUUAAAGCCUUGCACAAUGAUCCCAUGGUAUUCACUAUGAAGAUAGCCAACUUGAAGUUCGGAUGA